AUGAAUAAAAUACUUGUGGCGUUUAACUUAAAAGAGGUGGAACCAGUAACUUCUGUACAAUUUAAAAAUUUUAAAGAUGCAGGUUUUCCAAUAUGGUCGUCAUUUGUGUGUGGAGAAAACUUAACUAAAUUAACUGUACAAGUACAAACAUUUAAUAUAAUUGGAGAAGACAUAGCAAGAGAUAUAUCUAAUGAAUACAUUCGCCAAACUACAGCAAGCUCUUUAUUACCUAAAUAUAUAGAUACUUUUGAUGAACGAAUUUGCUUUGUAUUUGAACCAAGGAACGAAAUUUUGUUUAAAGCUGGUGAAAUCGACCAAAUAUACGUAACAGCUUUUGCUUCUAAAGAUGCUGUGCAGGGUCCUAUAUCAUUAAUAUUUGGUAUAUUUAAUGAAGACAUGAAUGCGUCUUCUAUUUUACCUUUUUUUGGUCCAAGUCAUUCUAUAAAUAGAUAUUCUUUUACAAGAAGUGAAAGAUUGGAUGUUGAAAAUAUUCUUCAUUCCUAUUUCUCUGUUAAUCUGCAAAGUAGUAUUAUAACUACUUUUGCCAAUGAAGAGACGUAUGCAAGAUUUUUGUAUUCUCCGGAUUCAUAUUUAGUUACAAGAUAUGUGGAAAAAGUUUUAUAUACGCCAAAUGAUCUAAUCUCCGCCAUUGGUGGUUUAAUAACAUACGCUUUAACAGCCUGGUUUAUUUUGUUUGGGAGAGGCAAGUACCGUUCAUGGGGAUGGAUUCAACGAUAUUUGUUAUGUACUUCACCAAACAUAAAUAAAAAUUAUAAUAGAAAUCAAAAAUUACCAAUCGCCUAUGAAAAACCGAGUAUCAUUGAAAGCCAAAUAAAUAAUGAUACGCUUGCUAAUUCAUCACAAGUACAAUUAAUGAAGGAUUUAAAUGAGAAAAUCGAUAAAAUUAAUCAAAAACUUAGGAUUUUUGAACAAAUCUUAAGUUGUCAUUAUCUUUCUGGAUUUAGAUUACAUGAUUUUGAUUCAAAAGAAUUAAGCCUUGAUUCAUUAUAUGAUAAAGAAGAAAGAAAUAACAACACCAACCACUCCUCAUAA